AUGACUACCACAGAGCCUUUCAGAAAUGUCGUAUUAUUACCACAAACCAAUCAAUUGUUGGGUUUAUAUACUAUAAUCAGAGAUAGACUCACCAAGAGACCAGAUUUUAUAUUUUACUCCGAUAGAAUCAUUCGAUUGUUGGUUGAAGAGGGUUUAAACCAUUUGCCAGUAGCACCAUUGACUGUUAGUACCGAGACAAACCAAGUUUUCCAAGGUGUUUCAUUUUUAGGCAAAAUAUGCGGUGUUAGUAUUAUUAGAGCUGGUGAAAGUAUGGAACAAGGUUUAAGAGAUUGUUGCAGAAGUGUUCGUAUUGGAAAAAUUUUAAUCCAAAGAGAUGAAGAAACUGCUAAACCAAAAUUAUUCUACGAAAAAUUACCUGAUGAUAUUGCCAACAGGUAUGUAUUUUUGUUAGAUCCCAUGUUGGCCACAGGGGGUAGUGCUAUAAUGGCCACUGAUGUUUUGUUGAACAGAGGGGUUAAGGAAGAAAGAAUCUUUUUCUUGAAUUUAAUUUGUAGCAAAGAAGGUAUCGAUGCCUAUCAUUCCGCUUAUCCAAAUGUUAAAAUCGUCACUGGCGCUAUUGAUAAAGGUUUGGAUGAAAAGAAAUAUUUGAUUCCAGGACUUGGUGAUUUUGGUGAUAGAUAUUAUGCUCUAUAA